GCUCCGAGUGAACGUUGGUAUCGCUUCACAUCACCGGGAUUCCCGCUUUACAUUCACAGUACGGACUUUAUUUAUCGCUUUUGUCUCUUUAUAUCAACUUUACUUCAAAUUCCGCGAUUGUUGAAGGAUUUGGGGCGGUCGUUUGUGACCAGGUAUGAUCGGUUUAAAUUUUCAAUUGACGUGAUUGACUGACUGACAGGGAUCUCCGUCAGGUGGAGCACUUGAACGAGAGUUUUGGGAGAGGGUGCUUGGACAUGCCCAGACAUAAUAACAUGGAUCCUACGAGGAGCCAGUGCGAGUCAAUCCAAAGGUCCCCUUGGAUCAUGCGAGUGGCUGUAGGGCAAAGCCCCGCCUCUUCAGGGGCGGAGUCAGACACUGAAGGGAGCAGCACAGAGAGUGAACGGCCUCGCCACAAGCAAGCAGAUGGCGACACGGCGCAUUUCCUGACGUCUCCUUCCAUGCUGCAGCGACGCAUCACGGAGCUUGACCAUCAGCGAGAGGAGCUGAAGAUUGAGCUGCAGCUGGAGGUGGCGCUGCUGCGAGGCGAGCUGCAGACGGAGCAGGAGCGACUGCGCAGACAUACAGAGCAGCUGCAGAUGUUGCAGGAGAAAGACAGACACAGAAAGUGCCAACGAUUGGCCAGCAGACAGAAGGAGCGUGUUCGGUUGGAGGAGGAACGUCUGAAGGUGGAGCAGAUGAAGAGGAAGUGUGAUGAGAUGGAGAAACUGAUUCCCACUCAACCAGAAGACCAGCGAGAACAACUGAUGCUGCAUCUACAACAGGAUAAGGAUGCGUUGGACGCAGCGGUGCGAGCGUUUGAAGACAUGGAGUUUCACGUUCUGGAGCUGGAGAGCGGCGUGGAAGACGAGAGAGAGGAAGAGGAUAACAGAGAAAGUGAGACGGUGAUCGAGAGAGACAUAUCCAGGGUAGAGCACAUGCUCAUCGCAUCUCAGGAACGUGCUCAACAACUGGAGAAGCAGCUGAAGGAGAUGGAGAAAGAGAGAGAUAAAGAGCUGAAUUCCCUCAGACAGGAGAGGAAAGAGCUGCUACACAAAUCACAGAGGAUUUUGAAAGAGAAGAAGCCGCUCUCCGAUUGGUCCAACAUCACUGGCUCCUCCCCCUGUGUGAUGUCACUCUCCCCACUGACCAUUCACAGAGCAGCACAGGAGUCACUGAAGGAGUCGUGUAGUUUACAGCGCAGACGCAGCUCACGCAGGAAAGUCCCAGACAGACCUCUCUCGGCACAAGUGUUAGUGAAGUUGACUCUGGACAGAACGUCAUCAGAGGGUCUCUCUCCUCGUCUUCCUCAUGCCAUUCCCAGAUUGAGUAACGGGCACAGUAUCGGGCAGAGAUUGGGGCACAGUGAUGUGAAUGACUCUCACACGCCCUGUAACAGCGCCAACACCUCCCGUGCGCCCAGUCCUCAGAGUUUGUUGGAUUUGGUGGAAAUCGAACGGAAACUCAGAGAGGCCAAAGCCGAGAGAGAACGCUUACUGAAGGAGAGAGAGGAGAGACGGCGCUUGCAGGCAGAACAGAGACGGAUCGAGAUGAAUUCAUUCACAAUACACACAGACGAAUCACACGCUGAAGAUCAUCAGCAGCACGAUCCAGCGCACAGGACGACAGAGCAGGGUGUCCCACUCUCCCUGAUGGUGAACUUUGACCUGCGCGCUCACGUGGAGGCUCUGGGUCACAAUGUGACCGGCUGCAUGGGAGUGAAUUUAUCUCCGCGGAGGUGUGGCGGCUUUCUGACUAAACGUGGAGGCCGAGUAAAGACGUGGAGGAGGAGGUGGUUUAUCUUCGAUCUAGACCACCAAAGACUGGCGUACUACACCAAUCUCGAUGAGAAGAAACUCAAAGGGGUGAUUUACUUUCAGGCCAUCGAGGAAGUUUACUAUGAUCAUCUACGAACGGCUUCAACGUCUCCACGGCCGAGUCUCACCUUCUGCGUGAAAACAUACGAGCGACUCUUCUUCCUCGUAGCACACAGCGCAGAAGCCACGAGGAUCUGGAUGGAUGUUAUUGUCACAGCGACUGAUGAACACUGCAGAUACUGAUGAAGACUUCAGUGAUGAUGUAAUGCAGAUGUACUGUAGUGAACAUGACAGCAGACUGUAGGACGAAUGACAGCAGGAAUAUUCUGUAUGUUGCAUUUAUUAAUGGCACAUUCAAUGUGUGUGUGUGUGUGUGUGUGUGUGUGUGUGUGUGUGUGUGUGUGUGUGUGUGUGUGUGUGUGUGUGUCUGCUGCCACCUGCUGUUGCACAUGAUGACAUCACAGCUCACUGACGGAGGACCGGAUGUUUCUUACACAUUAUUUAUUAAUGUUACUAUGUAUUAUUUUUAUGAUUAUUAUAUUUUGUAACUGUGAUUUUGACAUUUGGGGUGAAAAGUAUUUUUAUUAAAAAU